AUGCAGCCUGCACUCGGAGCCCUCGGGCACACCUGGACUGCCAUGCGAGCCAUGGAGUUUAUCUCACUCAUUACCAUCAUUGGUUUGACAUCCAACUUCAUUGCUGAGAUGGUUGGUGCUGAUUAUGCGGCGCCCUCUGCUCUGAUUGGAACCCUGGUUGUUUCAAUUUUCGCGACCUUGUACAUCGCCAUCUCCUACAUCCUCUACUGGGAUGGCAUGCUCCCUCUUCUGCUUGCCACAGGCGCUGAUGUUAUGCUUCUCGUCGCCUGCAUCGUUGUGGCAUGCACUGUUGGCAAGCCCGUCAGCUAUCUCGCGUGCCCCAAAUUCCCCUCUGAUGGCAACACAGCCAACUUCAUCAACUCACUCUUCCACAACGUCUACCACUCUCGCGGAAACGUCUUUGCCUGGGUUGACCCUGACAAGGCGUCGUGCUACCAGCUCAAGUCCGUCUGGGGACUCAGCAUUGCCCUAUGCGUCCUUUUCUCCUUCUCCGCCAUCACUUCGGGAUGCUUGUGGAAGCGCACAAAGAGCACUUCUCGUCCCGCUCCCAAGGAUAUUGAGGGUUGA